AUGUCUGCAGAAAAGUCUUCGGAAAGGCCAAGGGAAGCAACCAGUGGAUUGCAAAAUUUACAUUCCAUGAAUGAUUCCCAAUUGGAACCCAGUCCAGCUCUCUCAAACAAGGCCGAGGAGAACCCUGAGACUGGUCUUGCCAACUUAAAGGAUGAGUACAAUGGUUGUAGGUACUCAGUUGCUCUUCUGCCAAAGCGACAUGCAGAUGGAACUCAAAGGUAAGUUGUUAAUUGCGGGCGACCAGUUGAACCUGUAAUCCUAAUCUCGAGGUUGCUAUUACGCAUGAGCGGCCCGAUAACUCGAACCGUCGAUUUCCCGUGGAUUUCCUUCAUACGUUUACUGCAAUUUUACCCUCGGUAACUCGAGCCUCCCUCUAACUCGAAGUAAUUUUUGUUUCCCUUCAGAUCAUUUCUAUAUAUAAUUUUACCCUCGGUAACUCGAAUCAUGUUUUUAUGACGUGACAACGGUGUACUGAAGUCCGAAACACUGAAUUUAGUUCAAAACAACCGUGUCAAUUCUUUGGCUUUACUUUUUGUCACUCCAGUUCAAAUCAGUGUCCAUCCCUACAUAUUAAUCAAGCUUUGUCGCUUAAUUGCUUUUUUUCAAAAUAUCAGUCUUUAUUUCUUGCUGCCCUUGAAGUGAAGUGUGCAUGAUACUUGCAUUUCCUCCCCAUCCAUUUGCUUAUUUCCCUAUUUCCGGUUAUUUGCUUCGAACUCCCGAUGACUCGAACUGUUUUCGAUUUCCCCAGAGGGUUCGAGUUAUCAGAAGUCAACUGUAUGUAGCUAGCAUUCGCGUGGGCUUCCACUUAGAGUGAAUAGAAUGCGUAGAGCGCCAUCUGAUCACGCGCGUUUGGACCUUCUGUCACUCGUAAUCUGACCUUUUAUCAUGUGAAUCUUACUUAAAACACCAGCUUUGGAGCAAGGGCUUGGACCUUCGAUCAGAAGCCUGAAACUCGCCCGCAUUCUCUAACCUUUGGUUAUUACUAGUUUAGUCACAAUUUCUGCCUGCUAAACGCAAUCACUUAAGGCGGCAUCGUACUCAUAGCAGACAUAAAAGUUAACAAAAAUGACGCUUGGAAGGCCAAUAAAAAACGUUCGCUGGCGAAAAAGUUGUAAAAAACAUAAGCUUUUGGCUACCAGACCGCAGCCUUCAAUAAAUGAGUAAAUCGCGCUCAUUGAAGCUGUUUAUAUAAGUUGUGGAUUACGUCCAAUGACGGUAGUUAAGUAUUCACAUCUCCUAAGUUAAAAUAUCUGCUCUAUGCAGAAGAGUUUGCGGAAGACAAUUUCACCAUGAGUGAGCAGCUGUGUUUUGGCAUACUAGUUUCCUUAUUAGGAACCAGUGCUGUUUUCAUGAUUUGAUUAAAGAAGUCUUUUGCCAGCACUCUGCCGAUAGCAUGCAGCUUGCCAAUGGCCACCUACACUUGAACUCGCCUACACUUGCACUGGGGUACUUCUUUUUCUGGCUGAUGUUUAGAUGUUAUGAAAACUGUCAAACUAUGAUUUAUUAUUUGUAGAUGGGCUGUUAAACAGGAAGACUUCCUAAAUAUGGGUCAGUGGAAAAAUUCAACCAUUUCUAACCCGGAAUGGAACAAAAGGGCUUUGUCCUGGCCUGUUUAUGAAGAUGGCACUUGGAACUCGGUACGUCUGCAAUUUUAUAGUCAUCAGCUCUUACAAAAAAAGUUUAAAAACCAUCGAACUUGAUUACUUCUUUACAUUCUUAUCUCAUAGAAGUUAUAUGAAGUUUAGCUCAAUCCUAUUCGGCUAUUUCAGUAAACUUUAGUCCGAAAAAUACUACUCAAUCACUCAAGUCUGCGCAACAACAUCAAAAGGUGAUAUAGGUCUUGUUGAAUAUCGAUAAACCUUUCCACGGUUCUUUUUUUUCUUCUUUUGACAUGGACAAGUUGGGAAAAAUCUGUCUACUCUGCUGGGAAGAGCGCCUUUAAAUUAGCAAGCUUGCCAGGCUUGAAAAUGAUUUGUUGAAAACUAACGAAGAUAUAGCUCCUCAAAGUCGCGAAAUUGUACAGACGUUUAUAUGGUGGGGGCACAAACUGCCCCCACCCCCACCCCACCUUCCGCCCUAACAACCAUACAAACGUGUAAAUUUUCGCAAAUUUGAGGGGGGCUAUAACCUUCGCUGGCUUAAGAUGAUUCGCUUUCACACUUGGCGAGUUUAUUAAUUUUCCCAUGGUGUCGUGAAACCAUGUGGACGGGUCGAUUCCUCAGUUCAUCGCCUCUUCCAUACGGUGUUAUGUAUACCUUUUACUACUGAUAAAGGCCAAAGAGAAAGUUCAUUAAAAAACUUUCUUUUUUUCAAAGUCCCUCAAACUAAAUAGUACUAUGCAAAACUUCUGCCAAUUCGACAGCGCGGGAGCAACCCCCAACCCCUUACGCUAACAGUCAAUAAAUCCCCCGUAGUUUGUAUUUCCAUAAGCACGCUUGACGAUCGCUAAAGAGAAAAUAGAGGGUCUUUGAACAGGCUAUCCAAUUUGUUUAUAGUAAAUUGUGAUGGUGCUGUACAUUCAUUGCGACGGUAUGUUUGUCUUUGUCUCUCGAAGGACUUCACUUGGCCCAUGGAGGGAUUUUUGUUGCCUUAUGCUCCACCAGUCAAGAAGCCCUCACACAAGAAAGCAGUCACUACAGGUAAUAUUAAUUUACUGAAGGCAUGCAGGGGAUUAUUCAUCCUCGGAGACCCAGGGGCGGUCAGUCGGAUCGAGGAAAAAUGGUGGCAGUCUGUUCUUGAAGACUUUGGUCGCCGUUUUUCCGACGCAACUGACCGCCCUUGUGUCUCCAAGGGAGGGGCUUAUUCACUGGGCACUUGGCAGUGCAGAACUUGCUCAAACGCAUUAGAUAAUUUCAACCAUUUGUUCAGUCAUUUACAGGGCGUUGAAUCAAGAGUUUUCCAGUUUGCCGUGUGUUAAAACCUAAGGGUGCGUUUCGAUUGAGAAAUCUGGAAUUUUACUUGGAAAUCCAGCGGAUUUAGAAUUUUACAAUCAAAAGCAAAAUCCGGAAACGGAUUUCAGCUUCGAGAAGUCCGCCCUCGAGAUGGAUUUCAAAAAAGAAAUCCAAAUACCGUUAUGCUUACGCGUGCGAGACCGCUGUUCUUGAGAAGAGUUGAGUUUUUCAAAUCUCUUUGCGGAUUUCCCCCACCCACCCCCCCCCCCCAAACAAAGUGAUCAAUUUAGGUUUGGGGGAAACUGCUCACCUACCCUUCCCCUAAGCUAACAUUAACACUUACUUCUCUCUUUGGGCAAAAUGACGGCUUAGGGGAGGGGUAGGUGGGCAGUUUCCCAGAAACCUUUUUAAUUGAUCCAAAAAAACAAACAAACAAAAAGAAAGAAAACCCAAAGACACAUUUCUCAGGGUUGAAAUCCGUUCUCCUUUUUCGCGUUUCAUUGCAAAUCUGAAUAUCUAAAUUUCGGAUGUUGAAAAACUUAUCCAGAUUUCCCAAUCGAAAGGACCCCAAAUUACCGUCAUCGUCUUAUUGUUUACAAAAUGUCUUGCAGAAUAUAAUUUUGUCUCGUGUACAAAAAGCUACACUUAUUGUUUUGUAUCAUAAUUUUUGGGUGUUAAUUUUACUUUGGUCUUAAGUGCCAUUAAUUUAUUCAGGCCAAAUAGACUUAACAGUUAAUUUGCAACUGCAGGUGAAAUGAUUAACAGUGACACUUAUAAGACUUUAUACUGUAAAUUAUUUAUCAGCUCAAACAUUUUGCAUAUUAUCAAUUAGUUUUAGAAGCAAUAUGUAUUCCGAAAUAGCACCAUCAUGUUUUUUUCUCCUUGGAAAAUAGAAAUUUGCCUUGGUUUUUGUUCCUGUUGACAUUAAUUGUCAUUCAUUCCAAUGUGUUUUGCUGGUAGUUUCAAAAUUUAUGAAUUUCUUGAAAGCUUUUAACUUUCUGAACUCACAGUUACAAACAAGGGACUACUUCUUUCAACCAUCAAAUGCGGCGUAAGUACGAAGUCCAAACUUGAAAGAUUUCAUGAUCUUUUUCCAUCGAAUGUAUUCAAUAUCAGGUUUAUAAUUUGCUUAUCCUUUGUAAAAUGUCUUCAAACUGGCCACGCUUCUAACCUACCAAAUUUGAGUUAUGAUGUUGUGUCUUUUCCACUUGACAACUGGCAUUUACAUAUACAAGGCCCAUUGUGUGUAGUAAAGUUUACGUUUAGAGCUUGUAAACAAGUAGGUAAAUUGCUGCAUUGGCGAACGAAACAUGAGUAUAGUUUUUGAGUUCCUUAUUAGUUCUAGAAUUUCUCCGCUGUAUAAAUACUUCAAUGGUGUUGGAACACUCCAAACGUCUAUAAAAUAAUUUUUAUAAUACUUUGAAAAGUUUUGACAGUCUAAGAUACGAAAUAACUAAUCACUACUUUUUCAUUGUCGGAUUUUCUCAAGUGAAAUAUCCAUAAUUACUGUCUAAUAUAAAAGUUUAUAAAGUUGAAUCUCUCUAUAGACGGUCUAUUCAGUGCCUAAAAUUUAAGCUCUAGAAUUAAAUUCUAGCUUUUUGUGGAAUAAGAAGUACGCUAUUAUGCUGAGAAAUAUAUAAAUAUUACUUCUGAUGGAUGACAAACUAUAAUAAUUGGGAAACGCAUGAACCACAUUCAUGUGACCUCUUAUCUUAUGUGACCCACGGCCAAUUUCACUGUUUUAUUCUUCGGAAUUGAUAAAUGUGCAUGGUAAUUUUCAAGUGCAGUCUAUGGGUCGUCGUACUAACUGUAUAGGGUGCUUGUGCAACCAUGACCAAUGAAUUUGCCAAUACUUCUCACAGGCGUCGAAGAAAGACGUCUCAACUAUCUUUAGUUAACACUGAGCUGCUUUGUAAAAAGGCUAUGCUUUAAUAUUUAUUAUAACUUAGCAAUAUGACUCUACUUUAAUUGUAGCUUUUAAUUUCCUUUUUUUUCGUUCUUAGUUGCGUAUCAUUCAACUGUUUUUAAUCCGAUAAUUUAUGAUUGUAACUUUUUAUAUGUAUUUUUAUCAUAUGAAUGAACAUUAUUAUUAUUAAUUAUUGUUAAUUAUUAUUAUAAUUAUUGUAAGUUCAAUCAAACUGUCAUAAGUGGGUGAGUCUUGCUGGAGCCAGAUUUGUGGGAACCCUAUUCAAGCUCAAAAAUAGGAGGGAAAAUUCCUCAUUAUUUGUGUAUGCCCUUCAAAGGAGAAUUGUGUCGGAUGAGAUGUUGUUUUGUACAUGGAAGCUGUUUGACAUUGUCUUUGUUUCAUUUCAGCCGCCCCUGCAAGGCUACGGGUGCUUAAAAAUGGUGAAUCGGACGAGAGCAGAGCGGUUACCGUUGUGGGACCUGACUUGACUAAUGUGAGUAGCAAUUGCCUGUUGGUUAUGUUGAAAUUGCGCGUGAGACUUGUUCGGUGUUGUGUUGAAUUGAACUAUAGGACUGUUUUGAGGACUCCACCGCUUCUUUUAUUGGCUAUUAUAGUCAAGCCAGGUCAAGCGUACCCCCCAAGAUUCCGCAUUAAUGAAUCUGUUAUGCGAAAAAUGAAUCCCUUAGUCGUUGCGGCAACCAGUAUUAAAUUCAAAUUUACAUUCCUGCAUGCGUAAUUAGCAGUGAAUUUUUACGAUAACUUCUUUGUAUUCGGUAAGAUUGAGAAUUCUUUGAAUGGAUAGACAUGUUUGAAGACAUUGACAUCAAAUUCAAGAAAAUUAACGUGGUAGAAAUUUCAUGACUACCUUGCGUGCGAAUUCACUGCUUAUUACGCGUACAGCAAUGCAGUGAUGAAUCUAAAAUCUACAACUACCAAAAAAUGGUUUUCGCGUCUGAUCUGCAUUGACACCGACUUUUUCGCCUCUUUAAACGGCUAUACAGACCUCCCACUCAUAUUUUAUCUAUUAGUUGAUUGUGUAUCUGUAGCCUGAGAAAACAGCCGAGAUUCGGCGACGCUACCAUUGGUUUCCCCAUCAAAUGACGUCUGAGAAACGAGCGCAGAAAUUCCAUACUGAUGACGCGUUACUACCCAGAUCUGGGUAGUGCUUCUGAUUGGUUGAAAUAAAUUUCCCACGCGGCACGACCAAUCAGAAGCUCUACUCAGAUCUGGGUAGUGACGCGUCAUCAGUAUGGAGUUUCUGCGCUCGCUUCUCAGACGUCAUUUGGCGGGGAAACCAGUGGUAGUCUCAGGUUAGUAUCUGUGUGGAAGGCUCCUUUUGCUAAAUUGCUUAUCUGUUUUCUUUUUUUUUUCUUUUGUAAGAUGCUUCAUGAUGUCAGUGGAUCUAAACGUCCUUCUACAAAACACAAAAGGUAACUACAGUCAACUCUGUCGUAAGUGACCACCCUUGGUGCAUGACAAAGGGGUCGCUUACGGGAGGUGGUCGCUUAAAAGCAGUGGUGGCUAUGAGGCAGUUGACUGUAUCCCCUUUUCUCUGCCGUUGACUAUGAUGGAAGCUGGAGUUGGAAUCUGAUUUGGCAGAGUUGGAUGGAUCUAUGUGAUAUAUAUCUAGCCAAUUUUUUGAAAAGUAACCUGACGAAAUUUUUCAGUCAUUUGAGUGAAAAGGGGUCAAACGGCAGAGUUUUUUUCGUGCCCGAGAAGCUCGAAAAUCACACCAACGAAGGAAAAGGAAAGGAGAAAACGAAAAAUCGAGGAGGAAGAAAGGAGGAGAGGCGAAAAAAGCAAUGGUUGCACUCUUACUUUUUACAAUGGCUACUUUGGAGAUUUUUGACCGAAAAAAACUGUUUGUUUACUUUUCCCAGCAUAAUACUUGUUUUUUUUUUAACAAUUUUUUUUUGUCAGGAGAUCUACUGUUGAGAAACAUGUUGAACAGGCCGGCGAGGAUGAAGCUGGCUCCUGCCAUCCCCUUGACCUUAAAAAACUCGAGCUUGACCUGGUAAGACUGCAGGAAAUAGCAAAAUAACUAUGUACACCUCUUAUCGCAAACAGUCAGUUGUUCUUGCAAAAAAAAGUCGCGGAAAGGUCAGUGUAACCAUUUCUCUCUCAGGCCUAGGUCUGACGUCGAACUUUUCAUGAGACGAACCAAACUCUAAUUUGGAUCGACCUAAAGUAACUUAAUUGUCUGUUGGGUCCGACGAACCAAAUCAAAUCAGUAAUAACUUUUCUCCCCAAAGAGGCUAAAGAUACAUUAUCAUACAAAUUUUUAAUUUAUUGGUUUCGUAGUCUGCUAUGUAGCAGACUAACUUAUCCGUUGAUAAAACACAUGUGGAAAAAACCGUGAUUUUAAAUAUUCUUUACUUGUCAUGGCCAAGAAUCCAGAGGCAGUUUUUUUCUGUGGGAGUCCGCUACCUUUUUUCGUUAUGUGCAAAUGUGAUUGUAUCGCAUCGUAUCCCGUGUUUUCUAAUUACGCGCAUUUCCUCAAAUAAGCGCCCAUGCCCUGGGCCACAACAUCAAAUAAGUGCCUCCCCCCUUUCCCUUACUUUCCAAAACAGUAAGGCUGCAAGGAAAACCAUUUUCUAUUGCCACUGUAUAUGACGAUAUUUGAUGAGAUAAGCUAUAUUUUAUGACCUUGCAUAUCGAUACAUCUUUAUUCAAAGUGUAAAUUGGGACUACGGUAUGCUUCAUUACAACAGCUGCUCUAACAAAAGAAAAAUGUUAAUAUUGACGUUACCUUUGUGUAGAUUUUUUUUCAUAGCGAUUUAGCCAAAAUAAAGUUACAGUUCGUUGAAAUGAAUAAUUAAUAAGCUCCCCUUUGAUUAAGCGCCUAUCCUUUUAGCCGAAAUUUUGAAUACGCGCCCGUUUCGGAGGAAAUCCCGUACAGUCGAGGCUCUCCUGGCGACCACUCUCGUAAGCGAUCAGCUGACGUGAAGACCACUUUUUCGAAUUUCCGAGGAGGUCAGGUCGCUAACGAGAACUUCGACUGUAUUUGGUUUUCAAUCUGUUUUUCCGUCGUCAAUUCAUAUUCCAACUGGCACAAUUUCCAUCAGUUUUUGGACAGAUGUACCGACGCUGUAGGCUUGCCAUUCGCUGCAAGACGACUGUACACCAAGGAUGGAAAAGAAGUGCGUAGACUUUCUGAUCUUCAAAGAGACGAGCUUGUGUAUGUUACAUGUGGUGAGCCCUGGAGUGAUCCACAGCUGUCCUACUCUGAACAGCAGAGACGAACGGUGCUGGCAAACUUAGCAUCUGAUAUCUGUCACAUCAGACAAUAUUGUGCCUUGAGGGAUCCAGCAGGUAGGGCCGCCUCUCCAGAACGGCCACUUUCUUUGCCCUGGCGGACAGUCCAUACAUUGACUGUUGUUUUAACCUCUUUACUAUGUCCAGUUAGGUUUGAAUCAGCAGCAUUUUUACCCUUUCAGCCACAAUAUUAGAACACAAAUUCUCCCAAUGGAUCUCCAUACGUUUCCUUGCAUAAUUAGCUGGGAGAAUUUGAUAAAGGAUCAAAGCAUUUUCCCUGUGGUGAUCAUUUUAUCAAUUCUUAUAACCUUUUCUCUUGAUUGUGUAUCGAAAUUGUUAGGAGAAAAUGGAUGGGACUCAUAGGGUUUAUGCUAUUCACUCUUCGCAUUCUCUGUUUUUGCUAGACUUAGUUCUUCAAGUUGAUGGAGCGGCUACCACUGGGUCACCGUUAUCUGUUGCUAAAUGUGCACUGAGUUCGGAGGAGCGAGAAAAGCUGGCAACUGGUCGUGGUGAUGAGGAAUCACCAGGCUUGAGACGUGAGGAGAGGUAUUACCGUAAAUCAUCUAUUAGGCCCCUCGGGGGGCUUACUUAUUUCAGGCCCAUUUCAGGGGGAGGCUUAAUAGAGACGGGGGGCUUAUUUGAGAGGGGGGACUUAUUCAUUUUAUCCCUAUUUACCCCCUUACCCCUUAGUCCAUCGCGGUAAAAUUAACAGUCGUGUUGUUAAAUUAAGAAGGGCACUGUCAAUUAAUCAGUGAUACUCUAAAGCUACUGAGCUACCGUAAAUCCUCUAUUAACCCCGGGGAGAGGGUUAUAUAUUUCAAACACAUUUGAAGCGGGGGGCUUAUUUAAUUUAGAAAAGACGAUGGUAUCAGUUCCCCAUAAAGAGCUGGAAAACAAAGUGGAAAAGCACAAGUACAAGACGGUUGGAGGUCAAGCAGCCGAGGAUCACAAUCUAAUCCGAACUUCCAGUUGGUAAAUCAGUCCGCACGAAGUUUUACAGUCGUGAUUGAUAAAUACAGUCUAUCAUAUAUUAGUAAAGACUGAUCAGGGGGCGGGGGCUUAAUAGAGAGGUGGGGGUAUUAACUUUCUUCCCCUGAAAAUAUGGGGCUUAAUAUAGGAUUUACGGUAACUAAAUUUAGAGUCACGUUUACGCUUAACGGUUAUGGUAAUGUGGUGGAUAAGAAGACAACAGUACGUGCCCUCUGCCUUACGUUAUACAUGAACAGUAAGGCACUGGCUGAUGGUAUUGGUCCAUUAAUGAGCUUUGUAAUUAGCAAUUAUUGAAUGAGGCUGAGUAUCAUUUGAAGAAUAUUUUAUUAAGGAGAUCAUGAAGGGUACUAUCCGCCGAAGCCGAUCAGGCCGAGGCGAAUAACACCCUCCCGGAUCAGUAAACGUGAUCAGAUUGUAAACUUCAUCAUCAUCUUCAUCGUCAUCAUCGUCAUUGCCAUCGUCAUCGUCAUCGUCAUCAUCAAUAUCAUCAUCGUCACCAUUAUUAUCAUCAUCAUCAUCAUCAUCAUCAUUAUCAUCAACAUCAUCAUCAUCAUCAUGACCGUCAUCAUCUCAAACACCAUCGCUAUCGUUAUCAUCGUCAUUGUCAUCAUAUGUUUACAUUUUUCAAAUUCGAUAAAUUCAUAAGUGAAUUUUUUUUAUCUGUUCUUUUAGCCAAGAGGAUAUUUACAGUCAUGCUCUAAGCGCUCACGAGCGUUCUCAUAUCCGUGCUGAGCAGCGUCUUAAGACGUUGCAGUGGCCUUGGGAGAAUGAAAAGACACUCAAGGACGACCCGUCUGUGGAUGACAAAGAAGACAAUGAUUUCCUUGAUGAGGUGAUGUUCUCUGAUCGACAGCUGCAGCGGAAAUUUAGGUACUGAAUUUAAUGUCUCUCAGUAGCAUUAAUUGACGGAUCGUUCAGCAGCACUUCAGAAUGUCAUCCACAGCCACUAAAGUCAAAACCAGCCACAGCAAAAUAGACAGUACCAUAGUAAAUGUACUACUCGGUGGCUUUCAUUUGUAUGUUCAUACUUAAGGACUUUAUCCAGAUUCGCAAAAGUUAAAACAACCUUGUGCAGCUUAAUAAACAGUACCACAGGAAAAUACUGGUCAGCAGCUUUCAUUUGACUGGUCACACAUUAGGAUUUUUAAUUCACCCACAGAGUCAAAAAUUAGAACCACCUUGCACAACUUAAUAAACAGUACUACAGAAAAGUACUGCUCAGUAGCUUUCAUUUGAAUGGUUACACUUUAGGAUUUCAUCCACAGACUCAGAAGUAAGAACCACCUUGCAUACGUUCAUAAACAGUACCACAGGAGAGUACUGGUCAGUGGCUUUCACCUUGAAUCGUCACACUUGAGGAUUCCGUUCUCAGACUCAAAAUUUAGAACCACCUUGUACAACAUCGCAAACAGCUCUACCGGAAAGUACUGUUUAGUAGCUGUCAUUUGCACUUGAAUUCGGUUAAGAGACUCAAGACUUUGUUUGGCCCACCACCAGCUUAAUAUACAGCAGUACAACAGGAAAGUGCCAUAAUAUUAAAUAGGAAAUAGAGCCUCAUUUUAGAUUACGUUCUAGCAAAUAUUGACAGAAUUUAGACCGUUUUAGAGUCUUUACUGCAGCCGUGACUGUGAUUAUUUAUUAAAAGCCCUUGUGUGCUUGCUCUUCUUAUUAGACGGCAGGUUCUAAAAACUCAAGAUGCAAAGCCGGCUGAUCCCUGCCAGAGACAAAGAUGGUCGUUGAAUAAUGAUGGUUUUAUCUGCCUUAAGGGAACACCGUUGGUAUUAGGACUUACUGAAUCCUCUAAUGAGGUAAAGGACCUCGACAUUUUCGGUUUCUUUAUGUACAGACUAAUCUAAUCUACGCAGCCGUUUUGGUCUCGUCUGCGUGGGAGAUUGUAUACAUACGCGCGGGUUGGCGGGCACUUCCUUAUAUUGCCUAUACAAAGACUGUCGCUGGAGACAGUGUAUGGUAUUUUGGCCUCUCCUUCCUGAACAGGGAAUAUAAAUGUUACGCUUCCAGUAUACAGGUUCUUGAUUUUUUUGUAAUUGCAUAUUUGUCAUCAAAAUAGAAUUUCUUUUGUUAUUGUCCCAUUUGACAUGAAGGUACCGAUAAAAUGCCACGACAUCGCUUCGUAGCACACAUUGAAUUAUAAUUAUCCUUUCGUCUAAAGAACGACGACCUAAUGUGGUAAUGACAUUGUACACUCUAUUUCCCAUAGAUUCCGUUCGAUACGUUUAGUUAGAAUUAUUCUUCAUGCUUUCCCGAUGCGCCUUGUGCGGUAAAAUGACCUGUUGGCUGUUGUUUUUCAGGGAAAAUCUGAAGUUAUUCUUUGUAAGAAAAAGCUUGAGGAUUUUACGCAGAGAUGGGUUGUGGCGGAAGAUGGGUGAGAUUCACAUUCAAGUAUUUGUUUUCUUUCAUAUAUUUAUUGAUAUUAUGCUCUAGACCUUUUGUGAGGAAGCAGUUUCCUUGUACCGCCUGUAACGUUAUCUAAGUUGAGAGAUGAUUUAAUUGGCCAUAUUGUUAUGCCAGAUUGUGUUGAAUGGCACUAUGGGACUGGUUUGAGACGUAGUUUGAUCCAGUUCCUUGCGCAACCUCUACUUGGAAUAGCCACUAAAAUAAGGCCUAGCGUUCCUAAAGCAGUCCCAUUGUGCCAUUCGAUACAGCACUGACCUGAUCUAAUGCGCAACCUCAAAAUAGAUAAACAAAAAUAUCAAUAAUUGAUUGCAGAGAAACAGCACUUUUUGUGCAAAUCUUCAAAUUGCAACGCUAGUCGAGUUGGGCUAGGGUUAAUGGUUAGAGUUUUCCAUUAACAUACUACAAUUAUUGGGAUAGACAAAUUAAAAUUACUUUACAUUGCAUUGGCAAAUCAUGCACUUCGCAAAAUGGCCAAUUAAGUAUAUCUGACUUCUUUACCAACCAUUCUCGGUUUUUCCGUGAACAUUAGUGAGUUUACUCAACAGGACGGCAGAAAGAAGAGGACGGCAAAACGCUUGUGUGUGACAAAGGUCACAGGGCUACGGCGUCUUUUGUCGUGAUCUUCACUAAACCUUAAAGUUUUCUGGUCUUCUACAGAAAGUCCUUUUUAAAGGAGGGUGAAGUUUGGCGGAAAGUUUUUUUCAAGUAAAAUUAUUGUCACGCUUGUCACACAAGGUUUGUCGUCUUCUUUGCCAAGACAAGACAAGAAAUUUAUCAUGAUAGUAUUGCUUACAAUUUCUUGGCACGCAGUUAGCAAAAACGCUAGUCGUAGCGUGCCAACAAAUUAAUUCUAUUACAACCAGACAUCACGUGAUAAUAAGUAAAAAGCAAAAAAAAAAGAAAAGAAAAGAAAGAAUAUUUGAAAAAAAAAAUCCUUUUCUGUCACUUUGCUUUAAAGGUUUUAGGUAAUAGAAUUUAACAGAGGUUCAAACUAAACUAGAGCACAAAAUAGCGCGACCUCGCUCAAAGGCCAUGCGCUGACUGGCCACUCCCAUCGUGACAUGCCACUCCAGUCGUGUUGCGUAAGUUCACUGUUACUGAGGCAUGGAUGAAGUCCUGUGUCAUAUAAGUUACCGGCCUGCGGCGAUGUAAACGGCAUUACGUAUAACAAAAGACCAAAUAUGAUCGUGGCUUUAAUCUUUUAUCUUUAAUCACAGUUCGUAACCAUACAUAACUGAUACAAAUGAACUAAUACUUACAUAUAUAAUCGAACAAAAAUACAAAAAUGGUUAACAGGACGGUAGAAGGGGGAAACCAAAUUCCCAUGCUAAGACAUACUCUCCAAAAAAGAAAAAAGGGAAAAAAAUUAAUUAAUUAAUAUAUAAACAUAUAUAUUAAAAGACUAUAAAUUAGACUAUAAAUUAUAAACCUAGAUGCCUAAUAAUAAUGCAUAAACUUAUAUUAAAGACACUAUGCCUAGUAUUUUAAGGUAAAUUAUGAACGAAGGUACUUAAUCAGUGAAACUUUAAAAGACUGAAGGCUAGGAGAUGACAUUACUUCAGAAGGCAAGUAACUAACCGCCAUGUUUUACGCUUUACUGCAGCUUUAUAUAUCAGCGUUCCAAUCAGCAGCUUGUUUUAACAGUUACCACCCCUCCCCUGGGGAGCGAUCCGUUCAACCUUGACUACACCCCCGCACAAGGCUUUGAAGGCGCAGCCGUGAUUGUAGCCCAUCGCAAGAGUUGCGCAAAUGGAAAUGCAAAUCAGUUGUGGCGGUUUGAUCCUAUCACUGGCUUUAUUGAGGCCAUAGCUGCAGACACAACGAACAAAGGUAUACUGUGUACUCUCCUUUCCAUCUUAUUCCUUGUAGACACCUCAUUAUCACGGGUACCUUUCUCAUACCGACUGUCGGGACGCAUAGCAGUUAACUCCCUAACAUGUCUGACAGUUUUUCAAUGGGGGAGGGGAAGGGAGAAAUCAGGCGCGGGGCGCCUGGGAGAAAGGGAAGAGGGAACUCCUUCUUCCUCGCGUUUGCCACGCAAGUGAUUAGAUCCCCAGGGAAACUCACAGAGGAUUGACCGGGAAAAAAUUCUUGCAGUUACAGAAUCUUGCUAUUUCGGACAGGAGUUGUAUCGUGUAAAUAAAACCUACAACUGACAUUCCGAUUAUCGUCUGUUUGGUUUACAUUGUGCGAUUUUGUCUUAAAAUUAUCGAAGGCUCGUCGUAUUCUUCAAAGUUGUACCGUGUAAAUCGGUUUUUAUAAUAAAGAUUCAAUUACUUACCAAUCGAACUUGUUGUAGAUGUAAUUAUAAUAUUUGUUAACCCCUAAUGGAAAUAUUUUUAAGGAAAUUAUUUUCACACCCCGCUAUUAUGGACCCUUGCAGUUUAGAACACGAACUUGCGGUCCUAAGGUUUUCCGCAAUUACGGGGAUCGAGUGUAAUAUAAUUCAAGUUAUCUGUCAAUUGUUCUUUGUAAGUAACAGCUUCGGUUCCAGCUUAACCUGUCCUUAGUUGCAUUGUUCGAUGGAUAUUAAUCGAGAUAAAAGGAAUUGUCGUCGUAGCACAAAGUAGAGGAUAAGUUAUGUCCAUCCGCCAUCAUUGGCGUCCACGACGUCCAAUGUAACCGCACCUGUUGUCGCCUUCCAUCCAUAUAAGCUGCCUUAGUACUUAUAUUUUCUGUGUUAUUGAUAAUUUCAGAAAUCAGUGCUGCGAACAAAGCUAAUGUGUGUACGUUUGCUGUUCUUGGACCUCAACAAGUUCCUCAACCAGUACGUAACUGCUAAUAAAUAGUUGCAUGGACAUUAGGGAGCUUAUUAUAUGAACAAAUCUACAAGUCAUGGACAACUAAACAUAAUAGUCUAACUGACUAUCUGACUUACUGAUUUAUUGCUAUGGAUUCAUCGGCUUUUCCUGUUGCCCAGAAGUAAGGAAAGGCUGAUUGUUGUCUUCGCUAGUGUAAUUUGAAAUUAACUGUCUUGUUUAGCUUGUCAAAAUGACGUUUUUGUCAUAACCACAGUGGGCGUAAAAGGACAAGCCGCUCAUUUGCCGCCAUUCUGCUCAGUCUUUUUUUGUAUUAAUGAGGCGCCCGAGUUAUUCAAAAGCCGGAUUCAGGAUAGCGCUAUCCAUCGCCGGUUAAAUCUCUGUCCAGUGGAUAAGUAUUAGGGGAACCGAUUACACUAUACACUGGUUAGAGAUUUAUUCAGUGGAUAGUGUUACCCAUCUUUUGAACAUCUGGCCCCAGUUGUUCGAAAAGAGGAUAACGCUUUCCAAAGUCGAGUUUGCAGGUAAGCUCCUUCGCAUAAGAAGAUCAAGAAAGCGGCGCGAUAGAUGCUGGCCACCGAUUGGGCACAAGUACCGUGCGAGCAGAGGUUUCUCUUUUGCUUGGCUUUUACUCACGGGGCGUAAACAAACCAACUAUGCGACACACACGCCACGCGAAUAACUUCGUAAAUGCUAAAAGCCAUGCGAGAGAGAAACCUCUGCUCGCAGCGUAGGGCACAAAAAAAUCACUGACAAGCAUUCGAAUGAGUCGUGGAACUGGUUUGUUAAGAGUAGCACCCCAGAGGCUCUCUCACCCGUUCUUGAAAACUUCCGGCACCGUUAUUCCUGACCUAGCUGACCGCCCCUGGGUCUCCGAGGAUGUGGUGGUCCAGUUCGGAGACCGAAUAUUUUCUCUUCCCUCAUGUGCACCCGUUGUGAGUCGUCGCCACUAUAAAGGCAUUUUUAGACAUUCCUUUCUGCCAAUUAUUGUUCAAAAAGUAUAAUUUUAGCGGGUAAAAGCGCUUAUAACCCUCAAGUGAUCAGCGGCAAAUGAAUGAACUUUAACUUCUUCUUUAGGGCUACGUAUACAUGGCGGGAACAACUAAGGAGACGUACCUUUGUGAAGCUUGUGGGAAAUCGUCUAGAGGACGACACAAACUGCAGCGUCUCCAUCAAUACCAUUCUGGCUUUGCUUGUGCACUAGGAACAGGUAACUACUUUACAGGUAUAGCGGGUUACAGAGAUCAGUUUAAAAAUCACUGGUACUCAGAUAUCAAGAUAUCAAGUUAGUAUUAAUUGAGGGAAUGUAGGAAAGCAAAUCGGCAUCACAAUAUGUUGUACCAAGAUACACCCACUUCUCGAAUAUGCCUCCCCAGCUAUAAAUUAAGAUCUCAACCAGGAGGGGUAGCAAUACCAAAGUCAAGAACGCAAAGACAUACUAACUUGUUUUUAACAAGAGCAGCAAGACUCCUCCUUUUAUGAUCCGUACUUGUCUUUUUUACUUACUUUUAUUAGAAAUCCACUUAAUAGGAUUUCAAAGUAUAUGUUUUUCCCCUUUAAUUAUGUAAAUCCAUUGUAUAUGUUAUUUUAAAAGAUGGAUAAAUAAAGCGUAUUAUUAUUAUUUUUAUUUAUUAUUAUUAUUAUUAUUAUUAUUAUUAUUAUUAUUAUUAUAUUAACUCAGUCGUUAGUUAAGAGCGAUCAGCAGCAAUUUUCGUUUCCCUUUGUAAAAGUGAAUGCUUUACAAAAGAACACAUUGUUGAUGAGAAUAAAGGACAUGAUCACACAAGAUGAAUCUAAUUGAUACUUCAACAAAUUCUCCCCACUACUUCUAUUGGAAACGAAUGGACACAACAAAUGAGAAUUUGAGUUUUGAUGUUAAAGUUUAAAAGGUUAAAAGCGAGUCUCUAUCAUCCUGUCCCAGUUGCUCAAAGGAUGGAUAACAUUAUCCAACUUUUGAGCAACUGGGACCUGGACAAAACCAAUGACAGAAUUAGAAAGAACGAUUCUGCCUCUCAUAACCGAAUGGAGAAAGCUUCUCACGAGGGAAAUGUCUUUUAUCUUGAACAAUAUCAAAUCAUGGUUUAUCAGUGGUCUUUGUUAUUGAAAGAUGUAUUUCAUCGACGACGGCAACCGCAGCGAAAACGUCAGUUUUAAAAUGAAUUCCCUUUUUUUAAUCUUUGUCGCGCUUUUCCAAUUUGCUGAAAAUGGCCAAGUGUAGGCGAAUUCCCAAGAGAGGAAAAAGAGAUUCGUCGUCGCCUGUUUACGUCCUCCAUAAAACUUGCAAUUAGUAUAGGCAUUUUCACGUCGUGGUCGUGCAAGGACGGUAAAGAAAUGUACAAAAAUGCGUGAUGCACGUUCAAAGUUGUUGUUUUGCGCCGUCGUCGUUGCUAAAGCUCGCUAAUAUAACAAGCAUGAGAUGUUGUGUUUCAUCACCAAAUGAAACACCGAGAAGAGAGUGGAAAAUACGACGCGCAGCGGAUUAUUUGUGACGAUUUUCGAGGCGUUUCAUCUGGUGAUGAAACACAGUGUCGAAUGCCUGAUAUUACUUCUCAAACAAAAUGAUUUUAGCAGGAGAAAUUAAGCAUGAAAAAAUGAGCAGUUUUUCAUCUGAUUUCCAAACACUCAUAAACAUUAAUUUCCUUUGUAUUUUCUUUAUGAAUUAUUAAUGAGUUUGAGAAGAGUACGUCAACAGCAAUCAGCAGUAGUCCAUCUCCCUUUAAUAAAGCAUCACAAAAAGUUUUGGUUUUGAUCUGGAUUUAACUGUUUUUCAGCUCAAGAACAAGGCCUUCGGCUCAGCAGUUCUUUCAAGUGCUUGAACAGCAAGGUAUGUAAGAAGUUACUGUUCUUGUGACUGGUCUUUCGGGACACUCUUGUCAGGACGUUUCGCCAAGUUAACAGAAAACAAGAGAGCGAAGUUAAUCAGUUUUCUGGCGGAAUUACCCUAUAUAUUGUUAGAUUCCACUUCUCUCCCAUCCUCUUCUGAAUAUGAAAAAUUAAGCCCGCAUCAAGCGUCGUGUUACUGUCGUGCAUAACUUAAUUCGUAAAUAAUUAUUUAAUUAUAUGGCCAAAAGAACGUUUUUUUCUUGCGGAACCAAAGCGAAAAUCCAGAGCUGGCAAGAUAGGGCCAUUUUGCACGCCCGCUAUGUUAGCCAAUCACCCAAUCAGAACACAGGAUUCACUUCGUCUUACCCGCAUGUAGACCUAGCCAUUUAUUAAGUGUUCUCUGCACCUCGGACUAACAAAUCAUAGCGUGUAAACCGGUCUUUAUAUUCGCCAACAGGUUGAUUUGUCCACCUUAGAGGCUGAAGCCACACUGGACCUGUGGGAACACCAGCUGGAACGGCUGAGAAAUGAAGGCAGUGUACGGACUAUCACUCGUGAACUACAUAUGGCUCAGAGCGUACGUGCUGUCAGAAUAAAGGCCUUCAAGAAUGGAGAGGGAAGCAGGAGUGAGGGCGAAAUACUCAUUGGCUCUAGUAUUCACUCGGUGUGUAUGCAUAUGAUGUGAUAAAUUAGGCUUUUUGUACCUUUGCCAAAAGCGCCUAAACCCUGAAUUGGGGUGAAUUGACAAUGCCAAAAUUGUACGCAUAAACCAAUUAGUCCGCUACUGGACUUACUUUUUAAGACCGAAGUGAAAUCACUUUGUUUUUAACACGGACAAGCCUUUCUUAGCAGUGACUUCUUUUAAAAAAAUGGGCAGCUCGAGUUUUUAAUAAAGUUAAAUUUAUUUAACACAGAUAACAAAGAGGAGCGAGGGCGUGGUCAGCGGUCAGUCGUUUAGCUCAAGCGCAGUCCACCUUGCUUGCAUCACCUCCAUGUGCUCAGUACAACGUUUUCCUGGUGGCCACUCUCUUCGUUUAGCCUUUGAAUCAUUCUUUUUCCCCCACCCCUCCCCCCUUUAUUUUUCCACCGAUAAAUCAGUGUGACAGGUGCCUGGUUUGAUUGGCGUGGGGGCUCAUGGCUGGAGGGCGCUGGUUUGCUAGCCAUGGGGGCGUAACUCUGUCUAGGGGCUGGCGGUGCCAAAAGUGGAAGCCCCCGGACAUCCCGGGCACCCACCUCCACUAAGCGACGCAGUUGUUAAACUCUCUAUAUGGUAACCUGAGAUCAGGCUCUAUUUUCGUUUCGCUUUGAAAAUUACAUUCCGGCGCAGACAACCUCUGACUCUCUCAAACGGUCACCUAGAGUUGUUCCUUCAGUUGCCGUUCUUCAGUCAGUUCCUUUGACCCUCCAUAAGGCGAACACCUCUUUCAAAAAGACACCUAAAGUUGAUCCCUGCUGUUCUUCCGUCAUUUUCUUUGACAAUGUAUAAGGCGAACACCCCUCUCAAACGGACACCUGGAGUUGUUCUUUGCCGUUCUUCAGUCAUUUCCUUUCACUCUCAAUAAGGCGGACAUCUUCUAAAACGAUCACCUACAGUUGAUCCCUAAUGUAUUUGUAAGACAUUUUUUUCGCUCUCUAUAAGACAGACGCUUCCCUCAAGCCGUUACCCAGGCAUUAUACUACUCUAGCAUUAAGUGUGAACACCCCUGUUAACUGUGCUUUCUUUUACUGGUUGUUUUAGCUUCUGGACCAGUGCACUGUAAAACUCGGAUUACCAUCGGCAGCUCGCCGUCUCUACACUUGUUGUGGAGAACUUAUAACGGAUAUUCAACAACUUAUCAGACCCUAUACGUACAACACAGUACAAUAUAUGGACAGCGGAGCACCACAAACAGACGCAGAGAGGAGUGGCAAGGUUUGAUUUACUAAUAAGUUUGUUUUCAUACUUUGUUAUCGUUUCCUGCUGAUGACAAUAAUGUCACGCUAACAUCCCCUUGCCACAUACAUUUUUUAAGGGGCUGGUAAGUGUUAUUUUAGUCCAUCCAUUUUUUCCGUUUCUUUUGAGCUUUUGAUUUCUUAUCGGCAACGAGACACCGAAAGGCGUUCAUUCGGCUGCCAUAAGACCUUGACCAGACAGAAAUACUAUAUUAAAUGAAAACGAGAAGUUUACCAGAGCAGACAGCCAACAGCUCUGUUCAGGCCUGAGUUCUGUUAUAAAAGAAAAACAACCCCACUAAAUCCAUCCCGAUCCACGGGCUAUAAAUAGGUGAUAAUCCAAUUUAUGUUCGUCACGAAAACGCAUUUUUCUACAAUAUAAAAAUAUUACGUUACAAGAUGAUUUUUUCCCUUUCGUUUCUUGUAUAUUUUUCUUGAACUUUGCAUUUUAAAGACCAUCCACUAUGUAUUUCAUCGACACAUGCUUCAAACAAGUAAAAAGAUCAAUAGAUAGAUAGCAGGUUUUUUUACCGUAAAUAAAUGUGAGUCGAGGAUUUGCCCGAGUCUGCUAUUUGUCUCACUAGUGACCAACGUAUUUUCAUGGAAGAAAAUUUAUCCUGUUCUUGAUACCUUGACGUUUUAUCGUUUUAUCGCGAGUUGUGUAAAGGUUUGAUUUAUAAUUCUCUCCAAUCAUUACUAUGUCUUUUUCUUAGAUCCCCGAAGAAAGAAUCGCCCGCAAAGGCCAUGCAGUAGAUGUUGUUGAAGCUGAAAACAGGGCUUUUUACAAACCCAAGGAAGGGAAGCUAACGGCAGCUGAACAAAGAGAGAAAGAACUCUUAGAAACAGAGGCAUUUGAAAACUUACACAUCAAUGAUAAUGAAGAGGAGGAGGAGGACGAGCGGUCAUCCGGGAAUUUAACUUAUCGUGUGAGCGAGGGAAGGACUGGCACCGUGCCUGUUGUCAGCAGCAAAGAACAACAAGAUCUCCCAAGAUGGGACGCAAGGUGGCCUAUUGACGUUUGGGUGUCCUGUGGUGAGCCGUUUGUGCCUUUGGAAGGUGUGUUUCAGGAUUACCCCCAGCGUUUGUGCGAAGCUUAUAAAUGCUGCGUACUUGCCCUCAAGCAUACAGACGUCUUUAAAUUUUCGCAACUUUUGCGGAGCUGUAACUUCUCUUACUUAAGGUGUAUCACUUUCAAACUUGGCAAUUUCACUACCUUUUAGGCGCUCUUUUGAGUGGUGUCGACAGAUUUUCCCUAACUGGUCCAAGUCAAAAGUUUACAACCCCUGGAAGGGCCUUUUGACUUUACGCCAUGCACCGUAGAUAAGGACGACCAUCUAUUAAUGCCCCCAUGGUAUAAUACAUUGAAAUUUUGAACCUCAAGGUUAUUAAAGCCAAAAUUCGUGUCUUCGCAAUCAAACACUUUAAUUUUACCCCCGAGUUUCGAACUUUUGGUUGUUCAAACAGCAUUUGUUUUCCCAGGGGAUUCAAAAAGGGAGGGAAUGCUAUGGCACAAUGCCUAAAUUUUCGUCACGCUUGUCUUGUUCUGUGGCAAGUUGCAGAAAACCCUAGGUCUGACGCAACUGCCAACCUUCGUCUGGACUGAACAUCGCGUAAAUCCUCUUUUAUGAGUAUUUUAAAUUUAUUACUUCUGUUCAUCCCUAUGCAACUCGCCAAUCAUGCUCUGGUAAACUUUAUGUAGCCUCUGUCAAUAUCAGCCAAAAUGGCUUGCGCUCCCUAAAAUUUGCUGGUUUUCGCUUUUGGAAUUCUCAGUCAACAAAUAUAAGUAACUUAAACUCUCUUAGAGUAUUUUGUAAAGCCCUAAAAGAACUCUAUGCUUUGUUGUUAUAUUAAUUAAUUAAUUAUCUACCGUAGCGUGAAGAAAUACUUUUUAUUAAAUACUAUAUUCUAUUAUCCUGUGUGUAAUUGUAAUUUUGGGAUCAUUCACUAGAUUAGCUUUUCCUUUUUGGAUGAUCCCAACUCGCUCCUUAUCUAGAGACUACAAUUUUUAUUCUUUACUUUAUAUGUAAAUGUAUUUAUUUGUCUCUCUCUUUUUUUCGAUUUUUGUCAAAUUAGCCUGCGAAACAGCCGUUUCUCCUUGCUCCUCGCCGCUAGGCUAUGGACGUUUCUUCAAGAAACGAAACGUCCCCAGCGGCGAGGAGCAAGGAGAAACGGCUGUAUUCGCAGGCUAGUGUCACAUGUAAACAGAGCUGAGUGAUGUAAAUCUUCUUGUCUGGUUGUACCUUUGUUUUGAUGUUUAGAAGCUGAUAAACAAUACCUGUUGUCUAUGAAGCACAGAGAAGAAAGAACCUGGGUCCAGGCGUAUCUAGACCAAGAGAAACAUGUACUAAGGCACAUGCAGGGUGAGUAAACAAUAGGCCAUUACCGAGCUGCUUCAAGCCUCGGUUUUAAAGCGAGGCCAGUGAUUGAUAACGAUUUUUUAUUCUCGUGCAAAUGAAACUCAUUUUCUCAAGAACAAGAAAGUUUCCCACUUAGCCUGGUUUUGAAAGUGAGGGCUUUUGGAUCUCGGAAAUGGUAUUUUAAGUGGGAGUGGAAUACAAUGGUCUGCUACACAGCCGUUCUUUGUGACGUCAUGCAACGCUCCUCCCCAUAAACGUUAGUCUCCCUCGCAGCUGUUUUUUGGGGGAACGUUGUGUGACAUCCAAAAAACGGCUGCUGAGAAACGAACCAAUUUUGUGGGGGGAGCGUUGCAUGGCAACAUAAAGAACGGCUGUAUAGUAGCCGCUAUGGCACGGCAGCAGCGAACUGGCCACAGCCUAUUGAAUUUUUUUCUUUGUUUUAUGAAAAAUGAAAAGACCUGAAACACCAAAUUAACAAAUGUAUGUACCAGUUUCGAAUUAUGAAAAUUCAUACCUCAUUCAGACGUAUAGCGUUACUUAGCGGCAUUGAGAUUCAGGGAUGAAUUAUUUAUUUCAUUUUGUUCUAUUUCCCUCAGCCUCGGAGUCAAGUGUGACUUUUUAUAAUUCAAAAUUGGCUUAUCCAGUGAAUCGAUUAAAAUAUGAAUCAGGAUGAGACAUCUGAAGGUUUGGACUAAUGAAAACGCCCGGGUGGAGUAUUUUUUUGGGAGCAAGUGUUCACGUACGGUCGUCAAGAUGUUUGAAAAUAACAGUAGUAUUUACAAGAAAGGAGUGCUUUCGACGGGGAAGGGGAAUUUGGUAGUGAUGUCAGGGCGUGUUCAUUCACGUGACUGGCGUCGAAACAGAGAAAAGUUUGAUGUGAGACGUAAUGAAGACUGCACCCUUCCGACGCAUUUAAAAUUUAUAAUUCGUUUGCCAGGGCGUCGAAUCAAUGGCAGGAGUCCUCCAUCCUCCCCCAGGGGGGUAGUGUUAACACCAGCAUGGCACGAGCCCACCCGGGCUGAAGAAAAGAAGGAAGAAGCUAUAAGCGAACUCAAGGUACAACUACCCCAUUUGAUCAAAAUUUAAUUUGCAAGCCUAGGAAUCAUUUUUCUUUUAAAAAGGACCCAUGUGUGACGUAUGCUGACGUCAAACGGGCAAAUUUCACCACCAAGUCAUGUUUAGAAAUUUUAAAUUUGCAGCCUGCGACCAAGCUCUUUAGGGAUCUCUGGGGCGGAGAGCCCAGAAAGCUUGCUCGCCGGCAAGUAAAUUUAUGAAGUUUUGAAUGAAUUAAUUUCCAAGACAGUAUAGUUAAAAAGAAUACGCAUGCACAAAGAGUGCCAAUACGGAGAAUUUUGUUAGUAACCGACGAAGCUUCGUGAUGAAAUACAUAAGGGCUUCUAUCCUGAAAAACGCUGACCGGUAAAUGACAGACGCACACUGGUGCAAUUAUAAAGUAACUGUUGUACUAAGUCCAUCUUAAAUCGUUUUGCAUCAAUUUCUAGAACCAUCUUCAGGAAGUGAAGUCACGACAGAAUCAGGGUGAAGCUUUCUUGAGUAAGGCAGCUAAAGAAUCGACGCAACGGCUGUACUCCAAACCCAAAACGGUAUGUUUUUGUUGUUGUUGUUGUUUUGUUUUUGGAAGACGAUGAUCUAUUGAAAGAGAAGUGAAGCACCACCUUUACCACAAACGGCUGCUUCUGUUCCCUAAAACAACUGACGAAAAAAUAAUCAGUUUGAAAACCAAUCUCUUCACGUUGAAAACGGCAAACGUAAAGUAAAUCAGUGGCGGGAAAUUAAGUUGAUCACGUGUUAUCCCGGUCGUUUGCCAUUUUAUGGUACUUAAUAGAUACAUUUAGCAUUGAGCUUUUCGCUUCAGUUACGGCUGACGUGAAACCACGGCUUGAUGUCUCACGUUUGCCGUUUGAGGUUUGAUCACAGGGUCCAGAGGAGUUUCGUGUGAGUAAAUGAAUUACUUAUUUUGAGUCUCACCUUGAAAAAUGUCUAUACCUGUCGCUUAGCACGAUAAAUUAGCCCAAUGGGAUCUUUAUGAUCUACUGUGAACGAUUUCUUCGCUUCUUAUCUGACCCAGAUCGACUUUUGAAUAUCAAUAACCGCAAGCCAUAUCCUCGCUGGCGUACGGCCCGAAGGGUGACCGAAAGCCGUCGCCCGAAGGGCGACCAAGCAUACUGUAAGCCGAUCUUGCAAGCCCUUAGUCUCUUGGUUUGCGGUCUAUAGAAUGUGUAACGAAACUGUAACGCGAUCAAAAUAACCCAUUUUUUCAGAGGUUUUCGACGGGUUUUGAUGUUCUAACGACAAACAAAUCUCCUCUGGACCCUGUGGUCUGAUCCUGUCCCUACUUUAGCACAGCGUUGUUACGUUACAUCAUCGGGACUUCAGCCUUUAUUUUAGAAAAUCAACAGCAGAAAGAUCUGUGUUCGCUCUUUUGCGUUAAUUUACACUUAAACAUCUACAAAAAUGCCUUUUUUGCAAUAAAUUUUCAAAUGAGAAAAAAGCAGCUCAAAUCGCACAGGUAAAUGACAUGCUUGAAAACUCGCGUUGAAAACCGCAAAUGAGACUACAGAGCCUCGGGUCAAGUGGUCCCCAGCCGUUCGCUUUAGAGGUUUCGGCCGGAAAGCUCGGUGCUUAGGUCUCUACUAUCUCUCAUAUAAGGUAUUUUUUACUCUGACUUUACCAUAGGUGCGAGUUAAUGCUGUUCCGAAUGGCGAAAGUAAGCAGAGAGCUGUGGUUGUAUUUGGGGCCAGCGUGGAAGAGGUUCGUGAAUGGUGAUUGUAUUUUUUUCUGUCUGUUAAAUCAUACCUCCCCAAUCAUCUAGAGAUAACAGUUUGAGAAAUUCGCAGGAGCUUAAUGUGCCUGAAAACAUUAUCUAAGAGUGGAGUUUCGGCAUUUAAAAGCUGUUCUUUGCCCCUGCAUCUCUACUUGUCGCUAUUUAUAUUUCAAGUUCCGUACCAAAAAAAAAAGGAAAGGACCCUUCCAACCUUUUGAUGUCCUUAAAAUUAGUUAUACUCGCAGAAUCAAUUAUAAAGCAUGCAGCAGGUUUACUUUUUGAUUAGCGCACCAAAUCCUAUGGUGUGACCUCUUUUACGUGUUAUAUGGCCUGGUCGGAAGCAUUUUUCUAGUCAAAUCGGGUUUCUCGUCGGCGGUUGAGUGAAGAAAUGCACGGAUGUCACAAAUUUUGGUCUGUUUGUUUGAUGUUUGCACAUAAUGCUCAUGUAGCAAAGCAGAGUCAGUUAUAUUUAUGUGAAACCUCUUUUGCAGUGCUUUCAAAUGGCACCAUUUUUCCCCCAGUAAUUCAGUUGAAGUUGAUUAGUUUUCUUGGAUCAUGUUUAAGACUAUUAAAAGAGAAAUUUAGCUAAAUGUGUUGUGGUAUUGUGCAGUUGUUAGAUGCUUGCACCACUCGCUUGGACCUGAGUAGCGCUGCAAGGAGACUGUUUAGCCUUGAUGGAGAUGAGGUGUGUUUCGUCUUAGUUUUCUGUCUUCUUUGGUAGCCUAAUUGAGUAAUACCCAUUAUUACUACACGCGGCCAAAUGACAAACUGCCCUCUCUAAAACGCUCCUUUUCGCGGGCCAAACGGCAAAGUACGGGCUGUAAAUGGAAUUUGCAGCCCUGAACAUGAUUUCGUAUUAAACAGUCUUUCCUUAUGAAAUAGAUUUGAACGAUUUGGCCUUGUGUAUUGAUAAUAAUGAUAAUCACGUGACUUUUGUCGGGCGUAUAGGUUAUUUGUGUCGCUCGUAACAUCAUUUGCACCCAAUGCUCCACUCCGGCGCAAAUGAUGCUACUCGGGCCACAAAUCAACUAUGUGCCCUCCAAAAGUCAUGUGAUUGUCCUAUUUACAUCAUGCAUCAAAGUUACAGUUUCAUUUCUUUCCAAGUAGUAUCGCAUUAAAUUUUGUGAUAGCCCUCUUAAGCUGGAUUUGUUUCUUUUUCCUUUACAAGCAAAGUGAUUUUACACUCGAGAAAUGUCAAGACUUUUGGAAGCAGAUUUCUUGAGAACACCACCACAUGCAAUGAGAAAUAAACAAACGAAGCUUAACAGGGCUGUUGCGUACGUUCUUAUUGCUUUGCUUAGUGAUUGGUUAAAAAAUUGUCGUGUCACUUUCUCAACCAAUUAGGUUAGAAGUGAAAUCAAAACAAACCAUUCCUCAGUCACGUGCCUUUUCCUGCGCCUGGCCCCCGCUGUGAUUGUAUCUUUCGAGAUCUGAUUGUUCAUUGGUUUAUCUGCACCUGUGAUUGGUCAAAGUAGAUGACUUUGGGUUUUGGUUUACACUCGAUAAAAAUUGCCUUUAAGCCAAGCCAGGUCUAGCGUAGGUAGUUCGGAAAUUUCUGCCAGAAGUCGUCAUGACAGUUUUUUUAUCCAUGGUGGUUUUAUUUUCAAUGUGACCGAAGACUGAGUUGUAGUCAAAAAUGCACUGCUUAAAGGAAUGCAGAUAUGAAUUUGAUAGUAGUUGUGGCAAUCACUAAGGGAUUCAUUUUUCAAAUAGUGAAUUCAUUAUGGAAUCUUUGUAGAUAUGCCUGACUGAAGUGGCUGUAAUAUUAUACAUUUUCAUGCUUUUACACCCUAAUUUCAUUGAUUCGUAAUCGCAAACUUGUGUGCACAUGGAGACCUUUCGAAUGUGUCACAUGGCUGUUUCUUCGUCAUUUAGAUAACUGACGUCGAUGAUUUGGAAAGAGACCAGUAUGUUUGUGUGAGUUGCGGAGAAGGGUUCCUUAGAGCGAGAGGUAAUGCUUUGAUGUGUUUGCUUUCUAUGUGUCUUUGCCGCCCAAGGUCUUAAACCCUGACCCUAUUUAAGGAUGAAACAAACGAAAAUUUAGGAUCAUCGUCCGUGUCUGGGAAACUGCUCACCUACCCCUCCCCUAAGCCAACAUUGACACUUACUUAAUUGUUAUUGGUUGGCGUAGGGGAGGAGUAGGUGAGCGGUUUCCCAGAAACGUAAUAUGAUCCACGAUUUAUUCCCUAGACUAUUUAAGGCCCAAACCUGAAAAAUGAACCAUAUUAAAGAGAAAACCAAAAACUAAAUAAUACACAAACCUUCAUUAAAUCGCUUUCCUAAUACUUUAAGGAACAGUUCAGUUUUAACAGAUUAUUUGUUUUCCGCGUAGCUAGGCAUUUAUGCACUUAAAUUUUAGCUGAUACAAUUACGGUAUCCUAUCCAAGGAUCAUACCGUGAACACAGCGCCAACAAAGGCAAAAAUGAUGCCCUAUUUUAAGAUCAGGAUCAAGACCCCCAAAUGUUAUACCCUUUUGGGCAGCACAUAGCAACAUCUAGCCCAAAUAUGCGAGUACAACAGGGGCCUUUAAACCCUAAGAGUGAUCAGCAUCAAAUUUCUCCUUCUAAUAUCAGUGCUUUGUAAAACAGAGUGGUCAUGAGAAUCACGGUCUUGAUCACACAAGAUGAAUUUGCUUUAUAUUUUAUCAACUUCUCUCCACUACUUCUGUAAGAAAUAAAUAGGGGCAACAAAUGAGAAUUCAUAUUUUGAUCUUAGGGUUCAAAGGGUUAAACGAAGGUAAUUGUACUCACAGCACUCUACUAGCUCAACACUGUUGAGAAGCAAAGAUUUAGCAGUUGUGAGAGCAUUCGCCCCCCAUCAUUGAAGUUAUGCUGUGUUCAAGUCCCGGCAUGUACGUGGGCCGGGUUUGCUUUGGUCUUCGCCCUUGCUCUGGGGUUUUUUUCCCGGGUAUUUGGGUUUUCUGUCUCCUCAAAAACCAGCUUUUCUCAAUUCCAAAACGAUCAGGAACACACGAACACUUUUAAACGUUUUCUUCAGAGUUUCUUCGUGCUUCGUGGUUAUUCAACUUACAUUUCUAUGAGCAUUUCAAAAAUUUGUAUCCUGUUUUGUUCCACUGCAGAUCGGCAGCAUCGCCAAGAGCUGAAAGCCACCUGGUCUCGAUUAAACAGACAAUCUGGCGGAGCAAUGAUCCCUGGAGCUGGUCCGGUUACUAGGAACAGUGUAAGUAUACGUACGUCGGUAGCGUGAAAGGGCUUGAAAGAUGAAAUAGACUGAAAGAGGUGUGGUGUUUUUGGAUAUUGUUCUCCGUAUCAGUGGCUAAUUAUCGAUCACGUUAACGUGAUUACAUUCAAAAGUAUCCAGCAUGUCAAAAUUUGUUAAUCAAUUUCCUCCCUUCAGCACGCGGGGUAUAAAACUGAAUUGUAGUUUGUUUGUUACUCUCUUUCUUUCUGUGGCUUUACUGUGAAGCACUUUAUUCCUAGUUCCUUUGGUACCAGGAAACUCCUUGGCUUUGGACCAAACAUAGAGCGUAUAUAAUUGACUGAGGCAACUCCAGUACCCUCUAUUUCUCCGAAAAUUUCAUAAUUGUUUAGGACUUCAAUAGUAAGUUCCGCUAUGAGCGAGAAAUCACCGAAAUGAUAAACAUUAGUCUGAUCUGAAGUUGGUAUUUGUAACGAUCAUCUUGGGCAUUCUUGUUUAGAUAACAAUACAUGACUCAAACAUUUCAGGUACAUUACAUUUUUUCCUUCUCAUUACUGAGUGUCCGUUAGAUUCUUGACGGGGAUAAACGAACCUUUUUAACAAAGUGUGUAGGUUUUUUUAUGAACUUCAAACGGCUCAUGCGUGUAACACAUUUGAGCUAACUGAACUGGAUACCCUGCGGUAGUUUAUUAGGUUCAUAAGUGACAAUUUCCCUGAAUAUCGCAAGGACUAGAAAGGUGGUAAGCGAGUUGUAGCACGUUUUAUAAGGUGAUGGAAAAUACAAACCCCGGUGAAUACGCGAGAAUAUCUUUGCUUGUCUUUUGGUAGCCAACCCGUUGUUCAAGGCCCUGGGUGUUUGUCUCUUAUCUUAGCAACCAAGACGCGUUUGCAUGGCUGGGUUGGCGAUCUCGUGUCCCAGGUAUCCCUAUCCUAAUUAGCAUUGAAAAAUAUCAGGGAUUGUUUCAUCCAAAACAAGGUUGAAGGUUCUCUUUCAGUAGGUGCGGUUAAUCUUACCGUUUUAAAGGCGAAAGUCUUUUGAGAUUACUUUUCUUCUCAAUAGUGUUCUCGUUCCUGGCCUGGUAUUACAUUGCACCAGCUUCGUUGUGCCCUUUUUUGUCCAGUUGGAGCAGAUAUAUUUCACGUUUGCUACGUUUGUCCUUAUUAGGUAACUUAUGACAAGACCAUCCUGGCCUUACCUGCCCCGGUCUCUCCCCCGCCUCCAGCACAUAUUCCUCCCUCACCCACGAGGCAAAUUUCUGUCCACCGAUUGUCCAGUCGUCAUUAUUGA